AUGAGAUGCAAUCCUCUAAAGGUUGCUACCUUCAAUCCUACAGUUGGGUCGCGUGUGUGGGUGGAGGACCCGGAUGAAGCAUGGCUAGAUGGUGAAGUUGUAGAGAUUAAUGGUGAACAGAUCAAAGUUCUCUGCACUUCAGGGAAACAAGUCGUUGUUAAAGCUUCGAAUAUAUACCCAAAGGAUGUGGAAGCGCCAGCAUCUGGGGUGGAGGAUAUGACAAGGCUGGCUUAUUUACACGAGCCUGGAGUCCUUCAGAAUUUGCAAUCAAGAUAUGAUAUAAAUGAGAUUUACACAUACACGGGAAGCAUACUGAUUGCUGUUAACCCGUUUAGAAGACUUCCACAUCUCUAUAGUAGCCAUAUGAUGGCUGAAUAUAAAGGUGCCUCGCUUGGUGAGCUGAGUCCACAUCCUUUUGCUGUUGCAGAUGCUGCGUAUAGACAGAUGAUUAAUGAAGGAGUAAGUCAAUCUAUCCUGGUUAGCGGUGAAAGUGGCGCUGGUAAAACUGAAAGCACAAAGUUGCUUAUGAGAUAUCUUGCUUACAUGGGAGGGAGAGCUGCUGCUGCCGAGGGAAGGAGCGUUGAGCAGAAAGUUUUGGAGGGACUCAUAGUUGAUAUUGCAUUAGAGACUGGAGUAGAUAAUCACACCAAAACUUCACUAUCUAAUCCUGUAUUAGAAGCAUUUGGAAACGCAAAGACUGUUAGGAACAAUAAUUCCAGUCGAUUUGGUAAGUUCGUGGAGAUUCAGUUUGACCAAUCGGGGAGUAUAUCCGGAGCUGCUAUAAGAACUUAUUUGUUGGAAAGAUCCCGUGUUUGCCAGGUGUCUGACCCCGAAAGAAACUAUCAUUGUUUCUACAUGCUUUGUGCUGCACCAGAGGAAGUAAGUUCCCAUCUCAAAAUUAAUCGUUGUUGAUUUAAGGCCUAGUAAUGUACAUCUUUUUCCCCCGUAGUUAUAAUUAUUGUUCUAUAUUGUCAGGAUGUUAAGAGGUUCAAGCUUGGUGAUCCAAAGACAUACCACUAUCUCAAUCAAUCUAAGUGUCUUGCAUUGGAUGGUCUGAACGAUGCGGAGGAAUAUCAUGCAACAAGAAAGGCCAUGGAUGUCGUCGGGAUCAGUUCUGAAGAGCAGGAUGCAAUUUUCCGCGUGGUGGCUUCCAUUCUGCAUCUGGGGAAUAUUGAAUUUGCUAAAGGAACAGAGAUUGAUUCAUCAAUCCCCAGAGAUGAAAAAUCUUGGUUUCAUUUGAGAACCGCUGCUGAGCUUCUCAUGUGUGAUGAGAAGUCACUUGAGGAUUCUCUAUGCAAGCGUAUCAUGGUAACUCGUGAUGAAACCAUCACAAAAACUCUCGAUCCAGAAGCAGCUACUCUUAGCAGAGAUGCUUUGGCCAAAAUUAUGUACUCAAGGUUGUUUGAUUGGCUCGUUGAGAAGAUUAAUAGUUCAAUUGGUCAAGAUCCUGAUUCGAAGUACUUGAUUGGUGUUCUUGAUAUCUAUGGAUUCGAGAGUUUCAAGACAAACAGUUUUGAGCAGUUUUGCAUCAAUUUGACUAAUGAGAAACUCCAGCAGCACUUUAAUCAGCAUGUCUUUAAAAUGGAGCAAGAGGAGUAUACGAAGGAGCAGAUCAAUUGGAGCUAUAUUGAGUUUGUAGACAAUCAAGAUAUUUUGGACCUAAUAGAAAAGAAACCCGGAGGUAUUAUUGCUCUUCUAGAUGAAGCUUGCAUGUUUCCUAGAUCCACACACGAGACAUUUGCUCAGAAGCUAUACCAGACAUACAAAAACCACAAGCGCUUUACCAAGCCGAAAUUGGCUCGCAGCGACUUCACAAUUUGUCAUUAUGCUGGUGAUGUCACUUAUCAGACAGAGUUUUUCCUAGACAAGAACAAGGAUUAUGUUAUUGCUGAGCAUCAAGCGUUGUUAAAUGCCUCUACAUGUUCCUUUGUUGCCAAUUUGUUUCCACCACUAUCUGACGAUUCCAAACAAUCAAAAUUCUCCUCUAUCGGUACUCGCUUCAAGCAACAAUUGGUAUCAUUGCUUGAGAUUCUCAAUACAACGGAGCCACAUUAUAUCCGAUGUAUAAAGCCUAAUAAUCUUCUGAAGCCUGGAAUCUUUGAGAACCAAAAUGUUCUACAGCAAUUACGCUGUGGGGGAGUGAUGGAGGCGAUCCGGAUUAGUUGUGCUGGUUAUCCUACUAGGAAGCACUUUGACGAAUUCUUGAACAGAUUUAGUAUCCUUGCUCCACAAGUGUUGUUGGACAAGAAUUCUGAUGGACCAGCUGCUUGCAAGAAACUUCUUGAUAAGGCGGGACUUGAAGGAUAUCAGAUUGGUAAGUCAAAAGUAUUUCUUAGGGCCGGACAAAUGGCAGACUUGGAUACUCGAAGAACUGAAAUCCUGGGAAGAUCGGCGAGCAUUAUCCAAAGAAAAGUACGAUCGUAUCUUGCGCAGAAAACUUUUAUCCAACUACGUAACUCUGCUACUCAGAUCCAGGCAGUUUGCAGAGGUUAUCUUGGUAGAAGUAUAUACGAAAGCAUGCGCAGGGAAGCUGCUGCUUUGAAGAUCCAGAGAGACUUGCGUAUGUUUCUCGGUAGGAAAGCUUACACUGAGAUGUUCUCUGCUACUGUUUCCAUUCAAGCUGGUAUGCGUGGUAUGGUUUCUCGAAAAGAACUAUGUUUCAGACGGCAGACUAAAGCUGCGACAAUAAUCCAGAGCCGGUGUCGUGUGUUUUUGGCUCGGCUGCAUUACAGAAAGCUAAAGAAAGCAGCCAUCACAACACAAUGUGCAUGGAGAGGAAAAGUUGCUCGCAAAGAACUCAAAAACCUUAAGAUGGCUGCUCGGGAAACAGGAGCUCUCCAAGAAGCCAAAAACAAGCUAGAGAAGCAAGUUGAGGAACUGACAUGGAGAUUGCAGUUAGAGAAACGAAUGAGGGUGAAGCUUCUUUUCUUUUUGUCAACCUCUGAUCUAAUUGCAAAUGUUAAGAGUACCAUAUCUUCAUUUUCAACGCUGCAGACUGACUUGGAAGAGGCCAAGAAACAAGAAAAUGCGAAAUAUGAGUCUUCUCUAGAGGAAAUUCAAAACAAAUUCAAAGAAACUGAAGCAUUGCUUAUUAAAGAGCGUGAAGCUGCCAAGGAAGUUUCUGAGGUGCUCCCUGUCAUUAAGGAGGUUCCUGUAGUUGACCAGGAAUUAAUGGGGAAACUCACUGAUGAAAAUGAAAAGCUGAAGGGGAUGGUAAGUUCGCUGGAAAUAAAGAUUGAUGAAACAGCAAAACAACUUCAGGAGACAGCCAGGAUCAGUCAAGAUAGACUAAAGCAAGCGUUAGAGGCAGAAUCUAAAGUAGCGAAAUUGAAGACGGCAAUGCAGAGGCUUGAAGAGAAGAUUUCAGACAUGGAAGCUGAGAAACAAAUUAUGCGUCAGCAAACAAUCUUAAACACUCCUGCGCAAACUGUAUCAGGGCACCCACCAACGAAUCUGGAAAAUGGCCACCGUACAAACUUGGAAACCCAACUCAAUGAACCCGAGUUCGCUGGGAAAUCUACUGCAGAACGUCAACUUGAAAAUGUGGAUACUCUCAUUGGCUGUGUUAAAGACAAAAUCGGUUUCAGUAAUGGGAAACCUGUUGCUGCAUUUACAAUAUACAAGUGUCUUCUUCAUUGGAAGUGCUUUGAGUCUGAGAGGACUAGUGCGUUUGAUCGUCUUAUUGAGAUGAUUGGUUCCGCAAUUGAGAAUGAAGAUGACAAUGGUCAUUUGGCGUAUUGGUUGACAAACACAUCGGCGCUACUGUUUUUACUUCAAAAGAGUCUUAAAACUGGUGGCGCAGGAGCAACGGCAAGCAAGAAGCCACCCAUCACAACUUCCUUGUUCGGAAGGAUGGCCUUGAGCUUCCGCUCUUCACCGAACCUCGCUGCCGCGGCUGAAGCUGCUGCUCUUGCGGUGAUCCGCCCUGUGGAGGCAAAGUACCCGGCUCUGCUUUUCAAGCAACAGCUUGCAGCUUAUGUGGAGAAGAUAUUUGGGAUGAUUAGGGAUAACUUGAAGAAAGAGCUAUCAGCUUUAAUUUCUCUGUGCAUUCAGGCACCGAGGAUUUCAAAAGGAGGGGUGCAAAGAUCUGGAAGGUCUCUUGGUAAAGAUUCCCCUGCUAUUCACUGGCAGAGCAUUAUCGAUGGUCUCAAUUCAAUUCUUGACGUAUUGAAAGAAAAUUAUGUUCCUUUGGUGCUCAUCCAGAAGAUACACACUCAAACAUUCUCUUUCAUCAAUGUGCAACUGUUUAACAGCUUACUCCUGCGUAAAGAGUGUUGUACAUUCAGCAACGGAGAAUUUGUAAAGUCUGGGCUUGCAGAGCUAGAGUUGUGGUGCGGCCAAGUCAAUGAAUAUGCUGGGCCAUCUUGGGAUGAACUGAAACACAUCAGACAAGCUGUUGGGUUUCUGGUUAUCCACCAGAAGUACAGAGUAUCAUACGAUGAUAUAGUGCAUGAUCUUUGCCCGAUCCUCAGUGUCCAACAGCUUUACCGGAUAUGCACAUUAUACUGGGACGACUGUUAUAACACCCGAAGUGUGUCUCAAGAGGUAAUAACGAGCAUGCGCGAACUCAUGACAGAGGAAUCCAACGAUGCAGACAGCAAUUCCUUCUUGUUGGAUGAUAAUUCCAGCAUUCCCUUCUCAAUCGACGAAAUAUCGAGUUCGAUGCAAGAAAAAGACUUUGCGAGUGUCAAGCCUGCAAAGGAGCUUCUGGACAAUCCAGACUUCGUCUUCUUGCACUAGUUUCUUUGGGAUUCUAAAAAGCUUUUCCUCUGUUUUUUAGUCUGAGGUGGAGGGGAGGGGUGCUAUCUUGAACCAAAAGGAAAGAAGACGGAACAAAGUGUAAAUUUUCAUUUGUUGUGGGGCUGUUUCUUGCAAAACCCCUGUAAUUCUCACCAAUUCAUUCAUUUAUUGUUUUUUUCACAAACAUUUCUCGAUUCAUUUUUAUACGGAUGUUAUAGUAUAUUUUUGUUUAAUUCACACUGACCAGGCAAUUUAGUGACUGCAACUGUGUGAUGAAGUUCAUUUGUUGUUGUACGCAAUUUAUUUUUAUAAACGUGUAAUGUAGAAUUAACAUUUGUAGUUAUAUAAUUGCAAUAAAAAUAAGAUUAUGUAAC